GGUGAAACAUAGGAGUACACGAGUCCUCUCGUAGAUGGUAGCAGCAUUGACGUCGUCAGAACUUUUGCCAUUUGCACGAUCCUCGAAUAUAGGAUCUACAAGUGCUCGAGUUAUUCGUCCACCUAUGUGCCCGAGUGAGUAUUCAGUGAUUACUUCAACGAGUAGAAAACUAAACGAAGACCUGUCAUGGGAGGGGAGUCUACUAAAUGUCUACCAUUGGUCUCAUGUACAAGUCUAACCUGAAGGAGGAAGUGUUUUACGUUGAGAAAUAUUAAGGCGUCACCCCGAGAAACAGUAUAAAGUAUUUGACUAUAGUUAGCUGGUGCAGGAGAGCUUUGGCUUCAGAUGAUUUUUCUUCUUCCAGGAAUAUACUUGUCGAUAAACCGUCCGAUCAGUCGUCACGUUGGUCAUCUGACAAUGACAAUCAUCCUCAGUUUCUUAUUCUCAAGCUGCAGCAUCCAGCGAUUGUCAAAACUAUUACAUUUGGAAAGUACGAAAAGACACAUGUUUGUACCAUUAGAAAAUUCAAGGUUUACGGUGGUAUGGAUCCGGAUAACAUGAUGGAAUUAUUAGAAAGUGGUUUAAGAAAUGAUUCAGUGCCAGAGACCUUUGAUCUGAAGCAUGUGAUAGGUAGCGAGGAGAACUAUUUCCCAUCAAGAUAUAUAAAAAUUCUCCCAUUACAAUCUUGGGGUCCAAGUUUCAAUUUUUCCAUUUGGCACGUUCGUCUUGCUGGCAAUGAUGACCCCACAAUUGUCAAGCCCAGUAUUGAGUGGGUCAAUUCGUAUCGUCAGAGAGAAGUAAUAAGACUGUGUAUGAAGCAUUUUCGGCGACUUGAACAACCAGAGGUUGUAGAAACAAUACAGAGAGUUACUGGUGUCCCUUUAGAAGAUCCUCGACUAUCUGUCCUGUACGACCUACUUGUGACUCAAGGCGAUCACUGUCAGGCUGAACGAUUUAUCACAAGCGCGGUAACCAUAGGACUCUUGAACGAUUAUAUAAAUGCUCAAUCGUAUCGAGCAGUCUGGACAAAGCUCUCUUCGAGUGAACCAAAACCAGGAAUGCGAGGAGGUCAUCAGAUGGUAUUAGAUCCCUCUACGGAAGAGCUAUAUUUGUUUGGUGGUUGGGAUGGAAAUCAGGACCUUGCAGACUUUUGGACAUAUAAUAUUAGCGCUGGAAAGUGGACACUGAUUUGCCGAGAUACGGAAACAAUGGGCGGUCCCAGCGCGCGUUCUUGUCACAAAAUGUGUCUCGAUCCUUACAAACGUCAACUGUACACAUUGGGUCGCUACCUGGAUACUCAAUAUCGUUCACCGGACAACCUUAAGAGUGACUUUUAUAUGUACGACCUCGCUACAUAUAAGUGGACUAAAAUUUGUGAUGAUACCGGCGCCGUUGGCGGGCCCCAAUUAAUUUUUGAUCAUCAGAUGUCCAUGGAUUCUGAUGGUAGGGCUAUAUACGUCUUUGGUGGACGCGUUUUAGUUCCACUAGUAAGCACUGAAGAUCAAGGAGCGGUUGUCAACUCCAACGAACCUAUUUUCUCAGGACUGUAUUCUUAUAAUAUGCGAACAGGGGCGUGGACAAGGUUAGCUUGCGAUAUAGCAAGGCCAAAUUUACCAAACGAACCAACGAUUAGAUCAAGAGUUGGACAUUCCAUGUUGUUUCACACAGAAUCCAGAAAAUUGUAUAUUUUUGCGGGGCAAAGAAGCAAGGAGUACCUGACUGAUUUCUUUACCUACGAUGUUGACGUCGAACAGUUGGAACACAUAACAUUAAGAGAUUUCGGUACUAAAGAUUCAACUCACGUACCUGCUGCUGGUUUCACACAAAGAGCUACGAUAGAUUCAGAACUUGGAGAAAUUUAUGUUCUAUCGGGUUUAAGUAAAGACAAGGAUAAGAGAGAUGACAAUGUACAGAAUUCAUUUUGGGUCUAUAGUAUCAAGAACAAUAGAUGGUCUUGUAUUUAUCGUAACGAAAAUGUCGGUGAGAAGUACUGGAGUAAAAUGCAGGAUUACGAACCAUGUCCUAGAUUCGCACAUCAGUUGGUGUAUGACCACGUGAACAAGGUUCACUAUCUGUUUGGCGGCAACCCAGGUCGAUCCUGUCUGCCAAAAUUACGGUUAGAUGAUUUCUGGCAAUUGAGACUUUGUAGACCGUCGCAGGAGGAGAUAUUAAAGAAGUGCAAACUCAUAAUAAGGAAACACAAGUUCGAGGAGCUUGCCCUAAGGAAUAGCAUCGAGGCCCUGGAGUAUCUGCAGACACAGAUCUCAGAAAUCAUCGAUCAUAGUGACGAAGAGCAGACCAAAGAGUUUCAGCUCCUGGUUUCCGUUCUCUUCCAGACAAAGGAUCAGCCGGAUUCUAAUGUAGAUGAGACCUCCAGUACAGACUCCUGGAAUUCAUCUUUGGGUAACAUCCUUACAGCACAUAAGAACCUCACCCCAAGAGACAUACACAUUCGUAGAAGAGAACUCUACGACAAACUCACAGAAUUCUUUCCGGAAAACCUAACGCAGCCUAGGGCAAACCUUAUCGAUCUUCUACCAUUGUGAUACUCUCGUGGAUAAAAUCUAGAUGGAAGUCGAGGAAAUAUUACUGCGGGAAGAACCCUUUCAAUUCGUACUAUACGAUAGCACCGCUCAAAGGAUGAAUAUAUCCUCCAGGAGUCGGUGAGCUCGUACCAAGAAACCUUUAUGAAUAGAUUCGAAAGACUAAUUACGUUUAAAUCGGAUUCUCUCUUUUUUUUUACAUUCUUGAAAAAAGAAAGAAAUCCCAUAAUUAUUUAGUUUUACGAACUUUUUCUUUUAAAAAUUCCUUUUGAUAACGGCAUGAUAAACUGAAUUCAAAGCUUCCAGUCGUUUGCACAGAUAUUGAUUGUUUUUAAAUAGUCCUAAAUGGAAAAGAAAAUCUAUUUUUUUUUAAUUGCUCGUGCUCUCUUACACACCAUAUAGAUGCAUAAACAUAUUUUUUCUCUCUUUUCUAAUAUUGAUUUAUGCUUUAUUACUUGCCAGGAAUACGUUGCACUAACAAUAGUAAGCUAACCCAGGUUUCCUAAAUGGAAACGAAUUACGAUUACGAUAGUACAAUAAAUUAUCAUGAAUUUCUUUGGUGCGUCGUAUAACAAUAGAAAAAGUUCAGCAGGAUGAAAAUUUAAAGGAUAGCAAGGGGGAGGGUGGCGAUGGAUAAAACAAGAAAAUGUGUUAAUCAAGUCUAUACACACAGCUUAAUAUACAUAUAGUAAGGAAAUGUCUUUAAGGUACACGAUGAGAAAGGUGUCACGCUGUACUCUAGCAUUGUAAAUACUUCUCUAGGUUUAACGGACGUUACGAGUUUUUACGAUUCACUUGAAAAUUUUAUUCCAAGCGGACCGGGCCCAGCCGACACCGUUAUUUUAGCAUUAGCAUAUGGAGAAGCUAGAGACACUCGAGUAUCCAUGAAGGAUCCCGAUGACCUUAACCAGGAAUCCUGGUAGCCUCGCAACUGUCUACCUCGGAAAGGACUUUUGUCGUCAUCAUCUGGAUGACCUGGAUCGUACUGAAUCUUUAAAGUAUUCCAAGUGCUCCAGAGUAUGAUGUACCGUUUCUGUACUGCGAAUCUAAAGUAUUGCUGGCGAUGAGGAAUCUUUCAAGGAUUUACAGGUUUUUUUUCCUUUUUCUUUUGUUAUCGUCUCAGGGACAAAACUCCUUUCCGAUUUGCGCCCACGCGAACCGCUGUUACUUCAUAUUGAUUGGUGAAAUAUUUGAGGAUGCUGCCUGGGGUACAAAGUGAUAUUCGUGGUUCUAGUCAAGUAAACAUUGUUAACGAUUAUUACCGAGCUCGAACCUAAACGCUGAGAGACCCUGUAGCCUAUAAAUGUGCUCUAGUUGUUCAGCUGUUCCAGAACGCACGUUCUAAUCUCGUAUAUGCCCAGGGCUCUAUGAAAUCAGCCUAGUAUCACUUCUUCAUUUAUUCUUUUUAUUACAUUUCGUUAUUUUCAAAUCUAGUAGAACCUUCUCGAAACGAGGGUUUUCUCUACUUUUGAGGAAUUCGUUGUACUAAUAUGCUUCCAACUGUAUUCUAUUCUGUUUGUCUUUAUUCAAAGGAAAUAGAGCCUUGGGUAUUUUUGUUCUAUAUUAUGAAGUUAUUAUCAUUAUUAUCACCUUAUCCCCUGUACCCUUCCAGUUUUAUAAUAAAUACUAUAUUGUCUAUCAAACAA